CCUGCAGGAAGCAGAAGAGCAUGCGCAGAUGUGACACCGGAAACGGAAAUGGCCCCAGACGGACUCAUUUCGCUGCGGGACAGCCUAAUUUAGGACAUAAAUAAAAACAGAGGGGCUUUGGGUUCGGUUCUGGUCGGUUUGUGGUUCUAAAAGCAGCAGUUGUGAUGCCGCGUGGCGUUUGAAGGCUCAACAUGGAGGCGCGCUUCGGCAGAGAGGUGGCGUCGAUCGUGGAAGUCGGCAUCCAGGCCACCGUAUCCGUUUUCAGGGACGUCUGCGCCAAAGAGGCUCUGAGCACGGAGUGGGAGGACGCCCGGUCCGGCGAAAUCCGGGAAAUCGAGAAAUGUUUGGUGGUUCAGAUCCACAAAGUCUUCACCGAGUUCUGCUCGGAGCUGUUCGAGGAGAACGAGGCCCUGCGGGCCAAAGUGGAGCAGCUGGAGGAUGUUCUGCAGAGGAAAGCCGGCCAGCUGGAGCAGGAGCUGGAGGCCAGAGUGGGUCAGCUGGGCCGAGACAUGGAGCAGCUGGAGAAGGAGCUGAAGACCAUGAGUGAGAGCGGAACCAAGGCUGAGGAGGAACCGAACCCGGAGCAGCCAGGGGGGCCGCUGCAGCCCGCCUUCCAUCACCUCGCGUCCCCUCAGGAAUCCACCUCAGACCAGGUUCCAGAGUCCGCCCCCGGCUCCCCCCCUCUGUCGGCAGACGCCGCCCACUCUGUUCCCACGGAGCCGUUGGUGGAUGCUCCGCCGCCGCUGCCUCCCACGUCGUUAUCCAGAGAAACGCUCAUCCUCAAACCCGCAUCUCCGGGGUCCGAGCCGCCAGGCCCCCCCAACCAGGAAAAGGCGGUUCUCAUUUCUUCUGAGCCUGUGGAGCAAAAAGAACCUGGAAAGGUGGGGAGGCCAAGGAAGCAGGCGCAACAAACCACCAAAGCUGCUUCUACCUGCAGCACCGAGGAGAAGCAAAGCGGUCCAGCUGAAAUUCAGGGGAGGAGUCUAAGAAGAUGGGAGUCCCAGGCAGGGAAGCGGUUCUUCUGUGAACACUGUGACUCUGGUUUUCACUGGAAAAGUGAUUUGAAGAAACACGUGGAGCUCCACAAGAGAAAGUUUUUCUGCCAGCUCUGUCACGAGAGCUUCCUGGAUGAGGCGUCUCUGGAGAAUCAUCUUUCCAGCCACGGUUCGGCACAAAGCUUGCUUCCUUUCAGGUGUCCUUACUGCAAGAGGUCGUACCGCAGAGAGGAGUCGCUGCAGAACCACCUGAAGCGCCACCAGCAGGUGAGGCCGCCCAAGCCUUUCGGGUGCGACCAGUGCAAGAAGACCUUCAGGGUUAAGCAGUCUUUGGAGAACCACCUUCUACGCCACGAGAAGUGGAAGCAGUUGUUGAAGUGCCAGCUCUGUGACAAGACCUGCAGGACAUCGGUGCAGCUAAAGAGCCACAUGGCGGUGCAUUCCGAGGACCGCCCCUUCAGCUGCGCCACGUGCGGCAAGGAGUUCAAGAGCAAAGACACCCUUCGCUUCCACCAGAUGGUUCACACCAACGCCAAGAAGUACAAGUGCCCCAUGUGCGAGGAAUCCUUCAAGUACGCCCACUCCCUGACGGUGCACAAGCGGAAGCACACGGGCGACUCGCCCUUCACCUGCGACCAGUGCAACAGGUCGUACCGGACCGGAACCGCUCUGAAACGCCACAAGAUGAUCCACACGGGGGAGAAGCCGUUUACCUGCCACGUGUGCGGGGCCAGAUUCAGCCUCAACAACAACCUCAAACGGCAUCUUCGCAUUCACACGGGGGAGAAGCCCUUCACCUGCCAGGACUGCGGCAAGAGCUUCUCGGACAACAACAAGCUCAAGAGCCACAUGCUCAUACACGGCGCUCGGAAACCCUUCAUGUGCGACCUCUGCGGAAAGACCUUCCUCUUCAACUGCCGGCUGCUGAUGCACCAGAGGUACGUCCACGCCAACAAGAACCAGGACGUGGACGGCGGGCAGACGACCUUCUUCCAGAGCAGACAGAACAAGUUGGUCGUCAUUGUCAAGCCGUUCAGCUGCAAGAUAUGCCUGAAGGGUUUCAGCGCGGCGUCUUCGCUCAAACUCCACGAGCGAGGCCACAGCGAGCAGAAGGAGUUCAACUGCAGCCUCUGCGGGAAGGCCUUCCACAACAAGUACUCCUUCAGCUACCACCAGCGGAGUCACUCGGGCGAGAAGCCCUUCGUCUGCGACAAGUGCGGGAAGCGGUUUUUCCAGGCCGCCAGCCUAAAGCAGCACGAGCGCAUCCACACCGGCGAGAAGCCCUACAAGUGCGACCAGUGCGGCAAGGCCUUCAGGACCGACGGAAACUUCUACAGGCAUAUGCGGAUCCACACCGGCGAGAAACCGUUUGAGUGCGGGUACUGCCAGAAGAAGUUCCACCAGUCCAACCAGCUGAAGUCCCACCUGCAGGUCCACACGGGUCAGAAGCUUUACUCCUGCCAGCAGUGUGGACACGGAUUCUCCGACUCCAGGCAGCUCAAGAAGCACGCCUGUGAACCGUCGUCGGGCUUUGGCGCCACAGGGGAGAUGUUGUCCAGGGAGACGAGCAGAAAGAUCUGCUGCGUUUUCUCGCAGAUGUCGUCUCUUCUGCUCUCGGAGAACUCCGCCCUGAAGGCUCAGCUGGAGCGGCUGGAGGCCGAGCUGCAGAGCGCGACCAGAAACGUGGAGGACGCGCGGCGGUGGCGGGAGAGCGUCCUGAGCGGCUGCCCCGUGCUGUUCCAGCAGAGCGGCCUGCUCUUCCGUCUGAAGCCCUUUGGAAGGCUGAUGAGGAGGACGGAUGCACAGCAGGAGGAUGGAGAAGAUGAAGAAUCCUCAUCUGCUGCUCAGGUGGGCCGAGAUGACGCUGUGAAGGAUUGUAGCGGUCCAAACAGGACACAGGAAGCAGUGCUCAGCAGCAACAGGAAGUUGUUUGUGACGAAGCACACGGACACCCACGGAGAGCUGAGGCCUUUCGCCUGCGACCAGUGCCCCAGAACAUUCAGGACCUCUGUGACCUUCCAGAACCAUCUGCUGCGACACCAAGAGAAGAUCCAGGCCAGCUUCUCCUGUCAGCUCUGCAGCAAGACCUUCAAGAGCAGAACGGGCCUGAAGAGGCAUCAGCUGGUGCACACCGACGCGCGACCUUUCGUCUGCUACGUCUGCCAGAAGGCCUUCAAAACCAAACACAACCUGCACACUCACGAGUCUGUGCACGCCGCGGAGAAGCCAGGCGGCAAGACCUUUGGGGACGCUGCCACCCUGCAGAGCCACCAUAGCGUUCACGCCAAUGAGCAGCCUCACGUGUGCGCGGCGUGCGGGAAGGCUUUCACCAGGAGGCGCUCGCUCAGAGCGCACCAAGCCGUGCACAGAGGCAAGACCUUUACAUGCGAGGUGUGUGGCGUGGGCUUCACGUUUCAGCACAACCUCAGGAGACACAUGCGUCUUCACACGGGCGAAAAGCCCUGCACGUGCAAAGUCUGUGGGCGGAGCUUCAUGCACGACAACAAGCUGAAGGCGCACAUGCUCCUCCACGGAGAACGGAAGGCGUUCAUGUGCGACCUAUGCGGGAAGACGUUCCUCUACAACUGUCAGCUCAGGAAGCAUCAGAGGACUCAUGAGGAGAAGCGGGUCACGGGGAGGAGGAGCCAAGUUAGAGGAAGCCGCAGAGUCAUCUACCGACAGGACAAAACCACGACGGACAUGACGCCCUUCAGCUGCACAACCUGUCGAAGGAGCUUCGACUCCACCGGGUCGCUGAGGAGACACGAACUCAUCCACUCCAAAAACCCGCAGUACACCUGCGACAAAUGCGGCAAGUCUUUCCAUUACAAAGCCACGUACCAGUACCACCAACGGGUCCACUCCGGAGAACGGCCGUUCGCCUGCGACGUCUGCAGGAAAACCUUCAUCAUCCGCAAGGCGCUGACGUCCCACAUGCUGCAGCACUCCGGGGAGAAGCCGCACAGGUGCCAACACUGCGACAAGACCUUCAGGAUCUACACAAACCUGCUGAGACACCAGCGGGUUCACACGGGGGAGAAGCCCUACGAGUGCGAGGUGUGCGGGACGCGCUUUCGACAGCUCGGACACGUCAAGUUUCACAUGCAGCUCCACACGGGAGAGAAGCCGCAUUCCUGCAGCAGUUGCAGGAGGAGCUUCUCUGAGUCCAGGCUACUGAAGAGACACAAGUGCAGUAACAAAAUGUCCGGCAGAUCCAUCACUGCGUCUUGAGAUGUUCGGGGGUCUCAAAGUGCUUUUUUCAACGUCUAACGGAGUUUAAAAGGAUCUAAUGAACUGCAGUCGUUUGGUGACAUAUAGCUGAGUGUCAUCUGCAUAUAUAUGUUUGCGCGAUCUGACCCACUCAUACAUGAGGAACAGGUCAGAGAACCGAGCCCUGAGGAACUCCACGACAUGCUGAUGAUGUCUGGCCCAAAAUCACAACCAAAACAAACAUUUACAGUCUGAUUUCAAAACUAUUUUUUCUGUGGUUACAUUUAGUAACUGUACUCAAAGGGGUGUGGCCUUUUGAUGAAAAAAAUAACAAUAUAAAUCUGUGA